GAGAAAUGGAGCAGCAGGCAGUUCAGGUGGACCAAGAAACCUUCUCCUGUUCGAUCUGUCUGGAUCUACUGAAGGAUCCGGUGACUACCUCCUGUGGACACAGUUACUGUAGGAACUGUAUUAAAACACACUGGAAUGAAGAAGAUCAGAAAGGAAUCCACAGCUGUCCUCAGUGCAGGAAAACUUUCAUACCGAGGCCUGUCCUGGAGAAGAACACGAUGUUAGCCACUUUAGUGGAGCAGCUGAAGAAGACUGGACUCCAAGCUUCUCCUGCUGAUCACUGCUAUACUGGACCUGAAGAUGUGGCCUGUGAUUUCUGCACUGGAAGAAAACUGAAAGCCAUCAAGUCCUGUUUAGUCUGUCUGGCCUUUUACUGUGAGAAACAUCUUCAGCCUCAUUAUGAUGUGGCUCCAUUAAAGAAACACAAGCUGGUGGAGCCCUCCAAGAACCUCCAGGAGAACAUCUGCUCUCGUCAUGAUGAGGUGAUGAAGAUGUUCUGUCGUACUGAUCAGAAGUGUAUCUGUUAUCUCUGCUCUGUGGAUGAACAUAAAGGUCACGACACAGUCUCAGCUGCAGCAGAAAGGACUGAGAGGCAGAGAGAGCUGGAGGUGAGACGAGAAGAAAUCCAGCAGAGAAUCCAGGACAGAGAGAAAGAUGUGAAGCUGCUUCAACAGGAGGUGGAGGCCAUCAAUCACUCUGCUGAUAAAACAGUGGAGGACAGUGAGAAGAUCUUCACUGAGCUGAUCCGUCUCAUCCAGAAAAGAAGCUCUGAUGUGAAGCAGCAGAUCAGAUCCCAGCAGGAAACUGAAGUGAGUCGAGUCAAAGAGCUUCAGGAGAAGCUGGAGCAGGAGAUCACUGAGCUGAAGAGAAAAGAUGCUGAGCUGAAGCAGCUCUCAAACACAGAGGAUCACAACCAGUUUCUCCACAACUACCCCUCACUGUCAGCACUCAGUGAGUCUACACACUCAUCCAGCAUCAAUAUCCGUCCUCUGAGAUACUUUGAGGAUGUGACAGCAGCUGUGUCAGAGCUCAGAGAUAAACUACAGGACAUCCUGAGAGACACAUGGACAAACAUCUCACUGACCCUCACUGAGGUGGAGGUUUUACAGUCAGAACCAGAACCAAAGAGUAGAGCUGAAUUCUUAAAAUAUUCAUGUGAAAUCACACUGGAUCCAAACACAGCAAACAGAUGACUGUUACUAUCAGAGGAGAACAGGAAGGUGACAGGAAUGGAUCAACAUCAGUCUUAUUCUAGUCAUCCAGACAGAUUCACUGCUAGGCCUCAGGUUCUGAGUAGAGAGAGUCUGACUGGACGUUGUUACUGGGAGGUGGAGUGGAGAGGGUUAGUUUAUGUAGCAGUCGCAUACAAGAACAUCAGCAGAGCAGGAAGUGGGAAUGAAUGUAGAUUUGGAUUUAAUGACAAAUCUUGGGCAUUAAGAUGUUCCCAUAACAGUUAUAAAUUUGGUCACAACAACAUCUGGACCUCCAUCUCAGGUCCUGGUUCCUCCAGAGUAGGAGUGUACCUGGAUCACAGAGCGGGUCUUCUGUCCUUCUA